AUGUUGCUAAGAAAUCUCGAUCCUAAGCGAACACUGUGUAACGGUACAAGGUUAGUGGUCACCGAGCUCCGGCGACACAACUUUAAGGCUAGAGUGUUGUCUGGUAAUGUUGAUGCACAGGAGGACGUCGUCAUACCAGCGAUACCCAUGACUUCGGGUAGUAAAGACGACGUGCCUUUCGAAAUGAGGCGGGUUCAAUUCCCAGUAAGGUUAUCGUUUGCUAUGACAAUCAACAAGUCGCAGGGACAGACGUUUGACCGAGUUGGAUUGCUUCUGUCGGUGCCCGUGUUCACAUACGGGCAACUGUAUGUUGCAUUUUCGAGAGUGAGGAACGCUCAAUCUGUCAGAGUCGGCAUGUACGAUGAUGGCAAUGGGCGGUUUGUCACAAAGAACGUUGUGUACAGGGAAGUACUACCAACGGGGUAA